CUCUGCUUGAUACCUCAGAGCAGGUCUAGGCAGGGACUUCAAACUGCACCUUCUCUGAGUGAGCGAUGUUUAAACUGGCACACUAGGAUCAGAAGAAGCAUAAAAACAACAUUUCCCAGAAUGCCCCUGUAGGCUCCACCUAUGUCAGCUGACUGUCUAAAAGAGCUCCUGGUAAAAAAUGCUUUCUGCCUUUACUGAUCAGCUGACUUGAAAUCAUCCGGUUUUUCUUGCACCUGCAAACUUUACCUGUUUUCUCUCUAAGCAAAUGAGAUCAGCAUUAAAGGGAUAGACCCUCCAGCUACACUGUAAGGCUCCGGUUCUAGAUUCUCAGAUCUAUAUCGCUGUGGAAUAGGAAUAUCACAAAAUGUCUCCGGAAAAGAAGAAACUUAUUAACAUCGUCAUCUUGGGCUUUGCUUUUAUGUUUAUGUUUACUGCCUUCCAGACAUGCGGCAAUGUAGCGCAAACUGUGAUCUCAAGUUUAAACAACACAGAUUUUCAUGGCACUGGAUAUACAAGUUUAGCCAUCAUCUAUGGGGUAUUUUCAGCAUCCAACCUCAUCGCUCCCUCUGUGGUGGCUCUGAUUGGUUGCCAGUUUUCCAUGUUCAUUAGCGGUUUAUUCUACAGUGCCUAUAUCGCUAUGUUCAUCCAACCCUAUACCUGGUCGUUUUACACCCUAUCCGUUUUCAUUGGGAUUGCUGCUGCUGUGCUGUGGACGGCACAAGGAACCUGCCUAACUGUAAACUCAACAGAGGAGACAAUAGGGCGGAACAGUGGCAUUUUCUGGGCACUCCUACAAUUCAGCAUGCUUUUUGGUAACCUCUACAUUUAUGUGGCCUGGAAAGGGGAGGUUAACAUUUCAGAAAGGGACCGAAGAUCAGUGUUUAUAGCUCUUACAGUCAUCAGCUUGGUUGGGUCAGUCCUGUUCUUCCUUAUUCGGAAACCAGAAUCCUUUGACAUCCAGGAUGAAGACAGAACCUCUGACAGCAGCCAGAUAAUGGAUGGGAACACGGCAGCACAAAGCAACAUUUCUAAAGCCGUAGGGGCCUUCACAAGGUCGCUAAAGCUGUCUGUCACCAAGGAGAUGCUUCUGCUGAGCGUGUCAAUGGCGUACACAGGUUUAGAGCUCACGUUCUACUCUGGGGUGUAUGGGACCUGCAUCGGAUCUAUCAACAACUUUGGGAGUGAUGCUAAAAGCCUCAUUGGGCUCUCGGGUAUAUUCAUUGGCAUCGGAGAAGUUAUAGGUGGGAGUAUUUUUGGGCUUCUUGGGAAGAAUAGCCGUUUUGGCAGGAACCAAGUAGUUUUCCUGGGGCUGGUUGUUCAUCUCCUGGCUUUUUAUCUCAUAUUCCUCAACAUACCCAACGAUGCUCCAAUUGCCUCUCGUGAUGGAACAUUCAGCCGAGCGUUUAUUGAUCCCAGUAAAGUGCUGGCCCUUUUCUGCAGUUUUCUCUUGGGCCUAGGGGACAGUUGCUUUAACACUCAGCUGCUCAGUAUUUUGGGGUCUUUUUACGCAGAAGACAGUGCUCCAGCCUUUGCAAUUUUCAAGUUUGUUCAGUCAAUCAGUGCAGCUGUGGCAUUUUUCUACAGUAACUACCUUCUCCUGCAGUGGCAGCUGUUCAUUAUGGUGAUCCUGGGAUUCUUUGGCACCAUAGCAUUUUUCUUUGCAGAAUGGGCAGCAGCGGACUUGGUUUCUCAGGGGUCCCGCUAUAGCAGUAUAUGAGGCAGCCCCCUUACAUCUCCCAUUCCCCAGUGCCUAUCUUCUGCCUGACAGCAGAAGGGAUAUGGAUGGGAACCCAUGGGGUGCUUGCUGCAGAGACAAAGUUGAUGACCUGCAUAGAAAGGAACAACAAGAGGCUGCAAACUUACAGACAUCAAACGUUAGAAAUGAUAACUGUUGGAACUUAAUAAUUACUGUCACAAGCUAGUUGGAAAAAACUUGUCUGCAAUGAAUUUACCUAAAGCACUUUCAGCAGAAUCACCAACCUAAUGUGGCUGGAGAUGCCGGACAUCCAUACAAUGUGCAAAAUCAUUCUCUUAGAGGACUAUUAUAUUACUGUUUUUUAAAGGAAAUUUGUUUUUCAUUAAGUGGUUGCACUCACCAGUGUUUAAAAUAUUAGGGACAGUAGUGCCACAAAUGGUGUUCAUAUAUACUAGAGGUUAAUACAAUCUCUGUACUAAUAUAUGUACAGUUUGGGGAAAAUAUUUCCUUAUUAUUGUUUCUUUUGAUCAUUAGCAAACUCUUUUUUUUAAACUGUUUCAGUGCUCUGCUACAUGCUUUCUUUAACACUCUCCUUCAACGUGAUUGGACAGCCCUACCCCACUUGGCACCCAGAAAACUACUUCAUUAGAUAGGUCUGGUCUGUAUCAUAGCAAGGGCACGAUCCAGUUGCUCUAAUGGACUGUACCAGUUAUUCGCUCAGUCAGAAACACAACACACACUUUUGUUUUUGUGUCAGGCUGCAGAUAUGUAGACCUGUUUCCCUGUUUCUUUUAAACGUUAUUGAAAGUAUUUUUAUAUAUAUUUGUUUGUACACAUUCAGUACACUAUUCACGUUAUCUUAAAAUAUUUGUAUACAGUAUGUUUUAUUCUUAUAUGGCUACAGUUCCAGAGAUGUUUACUUUUUUGAGGUUUUGGGAUUAACAAAUAUUGAAAAAUUUGCUCAGGAUCUAGAAGCUCAGCCAGUUAGGCACCAAACACAAUUUUCAUGCUGAGCAAUUCCAGAUAAACCUAUAUCCGACUGAUCUCUGCAUACAACUUACGAGCUUCAGCUAAACGCAAGUCUAACCAGCUUUGUAUAAACUCAGGGUCAUAUGCAGAGUACAGAAUAUGGCUGAUAAGCUCAAGAUAAAUAUUUUGACCAUAGAUCAGAAGAUCAGAGUAGGACUAAUUCCUGUCCCCAAUUACACUGUGCUACUUCAGCACCGUAUAAAUUCCAGCUCCUUCCAUAUCAUAGAUUAUCACUGGUAUCUCCAGAUAGACAAGGGGCUGUCAAAUCAGAGUAUGUUUCUCGAGAUCCAUCAGGGCCACAUGAACCUUAGAGUACCACCAUCUUCAGAUAAACCCAAACCCUCCCUAGGUUGUCAAGUACUACUGGCUAAUCUCAAAUAAGCCCGGGAGUCCAUUUCUGUAGUACGAGUGACAAUCUGCAGGUAAACACAGCAUACCAUUACCAAGCUCCAUAUAAACUCUAAUGUCCACACAAAUCACAAAGAACCUCUAACAGUCUAUAGAUUAAAUAUAUUGUUAUAUUUUCUCAAUGAUUAUAAUUGGUCAAUAGCAGGCCAAUUCAGGGUAUCAUUAUAACAGAAUAUGCAUAAUCAGCAGACUGAUCACUAAGUAUGAUUGACCAGCUGCUGGUAAACCCAGAGCCCCUGAUCACAAAAUAUGAUAGAUCAGCUUGGGAUAAACUCAGGAUUUACAGAUUAUGUCUAACCAGCAUCAGACUCCAGCCCACCUGAUUUUAGUACAUCACUUAAUGGCUUUAGAUGAACUCAUGGGCUGCCAUAUACUAAUGACUCUACUGUGAAACAUUUGCAAAAUGAGGGUUCUUAACAAAUAUACUGCUGCCUUCAAGGAUGAUUUUUGUUUUUUGUUUUCCUGUUUCCAAACUGAGGAAUUUGUAAAACUGAAGUGGUGUCUAUGUACAAAACUAUAGCAUAGAAAUAAAUAUUGUUCAUUGUCUGAAUAAAAUCACCAAUGAGGAAAGUUUUGCUUACAAAUAAGUUUAAGGAAGUUUAAUGCGAAAUCUCGCACGACUAUGGUGAAAUCCAAUGAGAUCACAGUAAAGCAAAGUGUGUGAGCACUAAUGAAGCUGAUUGGUUGUAUUUUUCAUCAUGCAUACAACAGGAAAAAUAGUAGCUAAAGGAUAACUACUCACAGAGCCUUUACGCUUGAGAUGACGAAUUGUUGAGGUAAAAUAUCUUCCUUUAGUCAGCUUUUUACAGAUAUGCUGCAUCUCUUUCAGGUGUUUUAGUAUAUGGGCAUAAAACCCCAUUGCAAUAUAAAUUCAUUAUUUAUUUUGUCUGUGUUUCCUAUAAAAUACUUCUGAAAGUUGUACUUGCUUUGUCCCCCCCCCCCAGAAAUGCUGUAGUGCCUUCAUUAAAGGGACACUAAAGUCAAAACUAAACUUUAAUGAUUCAGACAGAGCAUACAGUUUUAAGAGACUUUACAAAUUACUAUGAUCAAAUUUUGCACAUUCUUUUUAUAUGCACACUUUCUGAGGCACCACCAGCCCCUACUAAGCAUGUGCUCAAGCUCACAGACCGAUACGUAUUCUAGUCUGUGAUUGGUUGAUGGCUGUCACAUGAUAUAGGUUCUAGUCUUUGAUUGGCUGAUGGCUGUCACAUGAUACAAGGGGCUGGCAAAUGGGGGGGGGGGGAGAAUAGGUUUGCCAUUGCCUUUUUUAUUUUGCACUUGUUAAUUAUGGCUAUAUCUGGGACACUGCAUCUCCCAGCAUGUUGCAGCCUAAUGAGUGGACCACCACGGCACGUACAUCAGCCUUUAUUGUUUAGUUUUGCAGCACUACACUGGUGGCAACUGGGAAUAUAUAGGGGGUAAUGAAGGGUGCUAAGAAUCCCCAGCUGUAGCAUCCCAAAUAAAAAGGUGCCAGCUGCCCUGAAUUAGCAAGGUGGUGGGUUUUUUUUACAGAGGAAGGAGGGGGAAGGGGAUUUAAAAAACAAAGAUAGAAACAGAUUGUAGGACAUACCAUCCAUUGCCAGUAACCCCUUCUGCAUAAUUGAUAUUUUGGUUUGUUGUCACCCUAUAUUAUAUACACCCCUGGUGGCAGUGUGUUUACAAAUCAAUAACUGAUUAAAGGGUUAUUAAAGUUUAAAUUUAAGCUUUCAUAAUUUAGAGUAAUCAAUUUGAAAACAACUUUCCAAUUAUAUUUCAAAUUUACUUUGUUCUUUUUUGAAGAGUAUAUUUAGGUUGGGACAGAGAAGUGCACGUCAUUUUAGCAGUCUACAUUAGUAGUGUUUGCAACAAUGUUUUACAUUGUUAUUGAUGCCACCCUAUUGCCAUAUAGUGUUCGACAUCUGCAUGCUCCUGAGACUGCCUAGGUAUGCUCUUCAGUAAAGGAUAGCAAGAGAGCAAAGUACAUUUUGAUAAUAGAAGUAAACAUUUUUUUUAUAAAAUUGGAUGCUCUUGUCUAUAUCAUGAAAAUGCUUACUACCCCUGCUCUAAACUAACUUUGCUAACCCCCAGGCACCCUUGUUCUGCACAAAGAGGUUGCUUGCUUUCAAUAAAGAUUGUGAUAAACUGAACAUUUGGAAUGUGUUAAUGAUCAUAUGCUCUCAUAUAAUUAGAUUAUGUUUCCGUUGUUCUUGCUCAUCAUGAUGUUAAAAAGGGAUUUGUUUUAUUGUAAAUUGCACUGAUUUUGAUGCAUGCUCUUGGGGAAAUCAGAACCCCUGGAUAUAUUUUGGUGGGAUAAACAAUUUUAUUUUAUUUUUUUGCUGCUAAGUUUUACCUGGUGUUAGCCAUUGAAUUUUGCAAGUUUAAAGUUGCAAACACAUUGAUAUAAUGUAUAUGUAUGACAUGUUGUGCAAAUUUUAAUGCAAAUAAAUCUUUUUUCAGCUAUAGGCCAAA